AUGGCCAGGUCUGCAAAUGGGCUCCUGCCGGCGCUGGACCUGGCUGCCAGAGGUCGCCAUGCUCAGCCGUCGUGGAGCUGGCAGCAGCCACACGGUGCUGGACAGGCACGGUGCUGCUCCCGGCCCCAGUGUCCCCUCCUCUCCCACCCAGGUGGCCUGGCCGGAGGGAUCGAGAUCUGCAUCACAUUCCCCACCGAGUAUGUGAAGACGCAGCUGCAGCUGGACGAGAAGGCAAACCCUCCCCGCUACAAGGGCAUCGGGGACUGCGUGAAGCAGACUGUCCGUGACCAUGGCAUCCGGGGGCUGUACCGGGGGCUCAGCUCGCUGGUGUACGGGUUGGCACGGUGGCUCCUUUGCAGGUUCGGGAUGUUCGAGUUCCUCAGCAACCAGAUGAGAGAUGAGCAGGGACGGCUGGACAGCACGCGGGGCCUCGUCUGCGGGCUGGGCGCCGGCGUGGCCGAGGCCGUGGUGGUGGUCUGCCCCAUGGAGACCAUAAAGGUGAAGUUUAUCCAUGACCAGUGCUCCCCCAAGCCCAAAUACCGCGGCUUCUUCCACGGCGUCAGGGAGAUCGUUCGGGAACAGGGACUGAAGGGGACCUACCAGGGCUUAACCGCAACCGUCCUCAAGCAAGGGUCGAACCAGGCCAUCCGCUUCUUCGUCAUGACCUCCCUCAAGAACUGGUACAAAGGGGACAAUCCCAACAAGGUCAUCAACCCCUUCGUCACGGGGGUGUUUGGAGCCCUCGCCGGAGCUGCGAGCGUCUUUGGCAACACCCCCUUGGACGUGGUGAAGACCAGGAUGCAGGUUAUCCAGGGUGAGGUGUCCCCCGGGACGGUGGCCCUGCGUCCCCAGGGCCUCCAGCAGCCAGGAGCUGCCGGUUGCCCGGGGCCAGCACUUUUUGGGGGUGCUGAGAGCCCCCUGGAGCCAUGUGGGUGCAAUGGCCAAGCUGUGCACCAGGCAUCGCAGCUGGUGGAGGCUGGGAGUGAUGCAACGGGUCUCACAGCGGCUCUGGGGGUGUCCCCAGCCCUGCACCCCCUGGGAUGGGAGGUCAGUGACCCACGGGCGUAG